AUGGAAGAUGUUUUAAAUAAAAUGGCAAUGGUCGGGGCACAUGACAAGAGUAAGAAAUCGUCUAGAUUCACUACAGAAUGGCAGCCCCGAGAUGGGAAAGGAAAAAGAAAGAUAGGUGGGGACUUUAAUAUGCUACAGCCAGUAAAUACCCCACCCCAAUCCGUUUGCACUUUCGGCCUCCGAAGAUCUGAAGAAGAAAAUCUAUUGUUUAAAUUUGAGUUAAACUAA